AUGGUUCAUAAGUCUCAAUUGAAUUUUAUGGAAAGGAAUAAAACAGAAAGAUCCAGAGAUGAGGAACAAGAAGUAAACAAGAAUGGGAAUCUUGCUGACGAUUUUAGAAUAGGAGAGAUCAAUGUAUCUCAAUUAUUCCGGAAAUACCAAAAUGAGUCUAUAAAGAUCGCAAAGGCUGAUGGUCUAUUCGUUGAAUCAAACGUUCACGAAAUAUUGUCACUGCCAUCGAUCUUCCUGCUUUUUCCAGAAUGCGAAUUAAAAUUUAGGGAUGCAGUCAAGAAGGCAACAAAGAACUCCUGUAGCUUUGCUACGGAUUGGCUAUUGGUAGAACUUGUUAAUAGUCAAACUAUGAAGGAAAAUAUAGGCUUUGUAAUCUUAGAGUAUAUAAAAUCGUUACCCACCGUCAAGAUUAAAAAUGAACCCAGUGAAACGACAUUGAUCACAAACCAUUCGGAUCACAUCAUGAAGGGAGUCUUGACGAAAGCAAGGCGAGGAAGUCACAAGGAAGAAGCAAACAACCUGACUUCACAGUAUCUAUUAUAUCAGCUACAGAAGAAUGGUGUAUAUUCGUGGGACUGCCUUGAUUCAGCCAUAGACUUAGGUGCUGAUAUAAAAAUACUAGGUUUCCAAUGUGUUGUGGACUUCUAUAUGAUGGAUCUCAUUCAAGGAAUAUAUACUAUGAUCCACAUUGGCCAAAUAUCAGUUCCAGCUUCAGUAAAAGAGAUGUCAUCUUUUAUCAGUGAUAUAGAAAUACUUCUAGGAGUAAGAGAGAUCUUUUGUCCGCCAUCAAAAAAGGCAAAUUUCAAACGUGAUACCCUUGGAACACCAAAAUUUAAACAGCUUGUGGGCAAGACACGUGACUGA